GGGGCUAACCCCUAAAAUCUGGUCGCAGUUUGAACCAAACAUUGCACGCUGACAGACGGGUGCAAAGCCGCAGUCAGCGCAAUCACCGAUCGCAACUAUGCCCAGUCCCUGGUUGAACCAGUGCAAGAUCAAAGCAUUUGCCCUGCUCUGGCUGCUGCUGCUGCUGUCGAGUGAUCUUUGCCAGGUGCACGCACAAAGAAGCACUGGCGGUCGAAAUGUUCUACGUCGCAAUUAUACAGGCAAAAAGCCCGUCGUCAUUCAACACAGAUCACAGGAUGCCGUCAACUAUUACGAUCAUGAGAACGGUGCCAAGAUUAUAAAAUCCUCGCACUUUGAACUGGAUUAUACACUGGGUCGCAAAAUAACUUUCUUCUGCAUGGCACAGGGCAAUCCACGUCCAACCAUCACCUGGUUCAAGGAUGGCGCAGAGCUAUAUCAACAUCGAUUCUUUCAGGUACACGAAUCCCAUCCAGAGCCAGAGAUUAUAAAAUCUAAAAUGGAAAUAGAUCCAACUACGCAAAUGGAUGCAGGCUAUUACGAAUGUCAGGCGGACAAUAUCUAUGCAAUUGAUCGUCGAGGCUUUCGCACGGACUAUGCCAUGGUUAAUUUUUAACGUUCUCUAUAAAGUUCUUCAUUUCUCACUGACAUAUUGU